AUGCUUACUAAGGUUAGGUUCAUUCUGAAACACAAUAUUAACAGAUCUUAUAAACUUUUCUUAACUAGUAAUAUUAAUAAUACUCAACAAUAUGUAAUUCAAAACAAUGUUACAUACUUCACACAUGAAAAACUAAAAUUAAAGAAAAGCUAUUCAUUUUUACUUGUUAUUCCUUUUGUCACCAGUUUUAUUGCCUGGAAAGGUAUAAAUGAUAAAUAUUUUUCUACCGUUAAUGCAGCUGAAACAAUCGUUCAAGAAGAAUCAGAUGAUGAAAAUCAAUUGGAUAAAAUGCAAGAAGAUAAAAAGAAAAAGAAGAAAAAGGAGACAAUUGGUUUCCGUGAACGAAGGAUUACAGAAUAUGAAAAUCGUUUAAGAGCGUAUUCAGCCCCUGACAAAAUUUUCCGUUAUUUUGCGACUGUAAAAGUGACAAGUUUAGAAGGUACAGAAAUUUACAUGACUCCUGAUGACUUCUUGAGAUCAAUUACUCCUGGCAUGAAACAACCAGAUGGGCUUGGUUUGGAUAAAUACAAACGCUAUGAUCCCAAGAACAUUCACACGAAAUUAGAAUUGGCCUUGGAUGAGGACAGUAUUUUUUACAAACUUGGAAGUGCUGGUUUAAUUACUUUCUCCGAUUAUAUAUUUUUGCUCACCGUAUUAUCCACUUCCAGGAGACAUUUCGAAAUAGCUUUCAGAAUGUUCGACUUCAAUGGCGAUGGUGAUGUGGAUUCUGAAGAAUUUGGUAAAGUUGCAACAUUAAUUCGACAACAAACUAGUAUUGGUAAUCGACAUCGCGAUCAUGUAAUCACAGGUGGUACAUUUAAGGGUGUUAAUUCAGCAUUGUCUACAUACUUUUUUGGAUCAAACAUGAAGGGAAAGCUAACAAUUGAAAAAUUCUUAGAUUUUCAGCAGCAAUUGCAAAAGGAAAUACUCAGUUUAGAAUUUGAACGAAGAAAUCCUGAUGAGAAUGGUCGAAUAACUGAAGUAGAUUUCACAGAACUAUUACUUGCAUAUGCUGGAUAUCCAGAUAAAAAGAAAGCAAAAAUUAGGAAAACUGUAAAAAAACGCUUCAAGGAUAAUCCAAAGGGAAUAGAAAAAAAUGAAUAUUUGAAAUUCUUUCAUUUUUUAAAUAACAUUAAUGACGUAGACACGGCUUUGACCUUUUAUCAUAUUGCUGGAGCAUCAAUCGAUCAAGCUACAUUAAAACACGUAGCAAGAACGGUAGCUCAUGUUGAUUUAAGUGAUCAUAUAAUACAAGUGGUGUACACAAUUUUUGAUGAAAACAUGGACGGACAAUUAAGCAACAAGGAAUUUGUUGCUGUAAUGAAAAAUAGGGUCCUAAGAGGUUUGGAAAAGCCAAAAGAUAUGGGUUUUGUAAAGCUGAUUGAAUCAAUGGUGAAAUGCUUAAAAAUCAGUUAUAAUGUUCAUUUUGAUAAUUAAAGCAAACACAAUAAAAAUUAAUAUAAAUGAAGCUUUCUUAUA